GUCAUGUCCAAUCAAAAUGAAUGAACCUACAUUACCUAUAAGUGCUGCUUAUUAUGCAGACGCCAAUCUUCAGACGGCCGUUAGGGGGCAGCGUCCACCGGCUUCAGCAGGUUUGGGUUUCUGCUUUAUGCGAGUUGCACCGCGGACGUGACAGCGAAUAUUUACCUCCGAGCGAGGAUUUCAGUCGAACACUCAGCAAACGUCGCCGCCUUCCGCUUCGAGAAGUCCGUGGCAACAACUGCUGGAGGUUUAAGGGUUGUCAUCUUUGCAGCGGCGUCAGACGUUGGCACCUCACACCUGCGGGUCUGACAACUCGGUGCAACGUAGCGGAGGAAAAUACAGACCGUGAUGUUCAAUCCACACAUCCAUCAGCAGCAGCAGCAACAACAGCAACAGUUUCACCAGCACCUGCGGCAGCUACAGCAACUUUUCCAGCAGCAGCCCCCGCCUCCUCCGCCGCCACAGCCGCCUCCGGGACACCAUGUCCCCCAUCACCACCAGACGCCGCGAGCCCUUCCCGUUCCUCCUCAGACAGCCCCUCCUCCCAGGAUGGUCAACCUCUGCCAGGCUACCCAGACGACUAUCAUCGCCCCCAAUCCUAUGCUGCAGGGCGCCAUCCUGAUGCAGCAGAUGCAGGGUAACAUGCGGGGCUUUGGAAUGGGCGGGCAGCAGUUCAGACAGUUCUUCGCUGCAGGGGCCCGAUCGUCCCUUCUCGGGCCCGUUCCCAUGGGCAUGGCCAUCAAAUCUCCGAUGAUGGGUUUCCCAGCUGCACGACCCUUUCACCCACACCCUCGCUACUACAACAACAGCAACACCAUCACCACCACAGCUCCCUCUGCCUCUUCCACCUUUACCACAGAUGCUGCAGCUCGCCAGCCAGACAGGAAGAGAGACAGUGAGCAGAUGGCAGCAGGCAGCACAGACGACCAGCCAGCAGCAUCCACCAGUACCAGUGAUGAAACUACUGACAAGACUCAGACAGAUGGUGCUGUGGGAGGAGUGGAAGAGCCCACUCAGAUCUCCGAGGAGCAACUUGGAGAACCUGUAGUGAAGAGGCAAAGGACAGAGGGGUCAGACAGACCCAAAGAACAGUGUUCUGUUGAGGCUGUCAAUAUUCCAGAUACAGAUGGGGAAGUUCUUUCCUCAGAGUGUAACAGCAACACAGAGGACACUCAGCCUGAAGACUGCAUUGCUCUGGAGGAUGGAGGCUCUACAGGGGGAUCAGAUGUUGUUGAAACAAUAGAGGAGACGAGAGCUGUUGAGAUGCACAGCUGUUUGUCGGCCCCAUCACCCUCUGGCAAACAGACUGACGAUCACCAGCAGGUUAAUUUACCAGCAGAAGAGGCUUCACAGGACAAAGAUGCCUCUUUGGCAUCACCAGACAACCAGGAUGAAGAAGAGGAGGGUGUAGCUGACGGCUCAAACAAGUUCUACUGCUACCUUUGCAGCAUUACCUGCCACAACCAGCAAAACUUCAGGAGUCAUAUGAAUAGCAUUUCCCACCAGCAAAGGAUGAUGGAGAUCCAACACAUGAGCAACGCCUGCUUGGUCACCCUGCUGCCACGAGUGCAGGAGUCUCUACAGGGAGCAAACAAAGAUGGAGAGAAAAAAUCCGACUCGAAGCGUUGGUGUGCCACCUGUCACACUCACUUCACCAAUAGCGUCACGGACCACUGUCGCACAGAGGAGCACAAACUUGCCAGUAGAAUAGACAUGUCCUCCUGCUCAAUCUGCAAGAAACACUUCAAGAACUCACAGAUGUUUUUAGAGCACUUGCAGUCGCAGGAGCAUAGACAGAAGCUCCAGGAAACGGGCUGUGAGGCCUUGGCCAAGCUGACUGCCCUGGAUACCGAUGGCUUUUCAUUAGAAGAGGAGGAAGGAAAUGAGAUGGAGGAAGUAGAGGAAAGACAGAGUAUUGAAGGAGACAGACAGGAUGGCUGGCCCUCCCUGAAAGAAGUGACUCUAAACGACAUGGCCAGUGAUGAGCAGUAUGACCCUGACACAGUCUAUGGGUCCAGUUUUUUGGUUCCAGUAUCAGGUUUCAUCUGCAGACUCUGCAGCAAGUUUUUCAACUUUGAAUCUUCUGCACCACACACCCACUGCAAAUCACUGAAGCACUUUGAGAACCUAAAGAGCUACAGAGUGGUAGUAAGUCAAAAAGGUGAAGCUGUUGAGUCCUCUGGAGAAUCUCUCCAAGCUGCAGACAGCCUCAGGCCUGCAACAGACACCACCAGAGACUGUUCAGAUGAAAAUUUGCUCUCGGAUGAUGCAGGUUUAGCGACAGACACAAGCCCCAAGCACCCCACUAUCACGCUCACUCGGCUGAAAGCGCAGAAAGAAAACCAGCAAGCAGAACCAGAACUGACCUCACAGGAUUCCACCUCCGUCUCAGCGACCAGCACUAAUGAUGCAGACCUCAGUCUCCAUCACGAGGAGGAACAGAACACAUCCCAGGUGUCUUCGGAUCAGGAGAAUCCUGCUGAGCUGCCUGCUGGCAGCACUGAGGAGGCAAACUCAGAGCCAGGAGCUCCUGAGCAGGGGGCUAAUGAAGAGGAAGAGAAGGAAGCUCCUGCUGGCCCACGUAAAAAUAUUGGCACUGGGAAGGCAAAAGCCACACCUAAACGCAGGUCAGGGAGAGCCGCAAACAAACGCUGAGUCAAAGAUAUGAUGUAGAAGGGAAAGAAACCUGGUACAAUCACAGCCACAGGACAGGAUGUGAGUUUACGUGACGAGGUGCUUUCAUGGACCAGAGACCAAGAAGUCAACAGCCCAACCUCUCUCCAUGCUGGAAAGUCAGAAAUAAACACGCCUACAAUUAGGAAGACUCUGACGGGUGAAUCACGGUGGAACAGGACUUCAUGUGAACUGCUCUCCCAGGAUGGGAAAUUAAUAGCUAUGAAAUACAGGUUAACAUUCUUGAUUUUUGGUAAGGAUCCAAGUUGGAAACUGGUGUGUCUUUGUGUAGGCCAACCUCCACCUUAUGAAGUAUGUGCAUCCGGUCUUUUCAGUAUUUCCCAAUCAAUAGAAAUUGCAGUUAUGUUGCCCAAAUGAAUGAUAAAUGUUUAAUUUUUUUAAUAAGGAGAAGCUCCGUGUAUAAUGCAAAAUGCCGUGUCUCAGUUUCACACUAUAUACUACAUCUGCGCAGGUUGUGGCUAGUUUUUAAUGCAUACAUACCAAUGAAUUAUAUUUAUGGUUUUAAAAAAUUAUAUUUGAACUUCCAAGAGCCAAACUAUUACAUUCUUGGGUACACGUUUUGUUGUCUAAUUGUGAAGUGUAACUAGCAUCAUAACAAAAUCAUAGUUUCACAUGCACUGAUAUUGGAUCAUUUUCUUCGUAUAAUUAGCAUUUCGCAAAAAGCACCACUGCACUGAAGUACAGCCUCUCAGGGCCCAUAGUGUUUGUUUUCUAACUGCAAAAAUGGUAAAAUGUGGCACGUAUACUGUAUCCUACAGUGUACUUUACGGUGUAUACAAGUAGUAUGUAGUGUGAAAUUAGGGCAUAGUAUUUACAAAUCACACAAGCGGAGUACAGUUUUAAUUUAUAGCCAGAAUUACAAAUGUGGUUUGACAUGAAUUUUCUAAAUACAUGGAUGUGGAUAAAUCAGCAUUUUUUCCCCCAGUUUAAAUGUAUAAAUGCUCUGCCCCCUAAAUAAAGCAGAUUUUAAAUGUUGCUGGGUUUGAGAAAGGAUGCUAGCUUGUAGAUGUUCUCUGUGACUGGUUCACCCAAAUGUUAAUUUUCCACCCUGCUAUCCUUGAGGAUCAGGAGGUUUGAUGAGGGCUCAUUGUCAGCUUUUGCUAAUUCUCCUGCUAGGUAGAUGAUUGUUAGUAUAACCUUCAAGUGUAGAGGACUGUACUGAUGGUAAAGUGGAGACAUUUUCCACGUAGCACACGCUUUUAGCAAGCUGAAAUGUAGAAUGUAACUAAAUUAAGUGUUUGGGCAGGUGACAUCUUUUGGUUUUAAUUUUUUUUUUUUUUAUAAAGUGUUAAAAUGGUAUAUUGGCCUGAGUAUUGAGAAAUGCUGAUUCUUGAGUCUGAUCACAGCGUGGUUCAGGGCAUUUUAUCUUUUUGUUUUAAUUAGUUGUUGACAUUUCGGAUUCGAGUUGAUGUGGUGUUUGGGGCAUAAAAAGGUUGUCAGCUGCUGUUGCAUUUUCACUUAAAAACGGUUCUACACACAUUCUUAUUGGCCUAAUAUCUGCAAUAGCAAAGGUUUGGGGAGGUUUUUUUGUAUAAUGAAGAGUUCAAAAGUCGUAAAGCAAUCUGCAGACAGUCAUAUGAAAAGAGUCUGACUGUGUAUUAAAAUGUUAAAGGGGCUCUUAAAGACCAGCAGCAGACAGCUUCAUCUGUGUAUCUGAAUCAAGAAAUAGGAGGCUUCUGCUAUUAAUCAGGCACUGAAUCUAACUUAUGAGCUCCUCGCUUCAUGUCUGCAUAUUGCGAAUUUUUACACUUGGAAGGUUUCGGCUGUUUCAAGCUCAGAAUCCAUAAAUAUAGAAGCAUUUGCAUAGAAUGGAUCAUGCCAGCACUGCAGAGGUUUCAUGCAAAAUCACACUUGGUGUCACAUGCCGAUGGGAUGUUUGUUUUUUCACAUUUUAAUGGACUUAAAAUGCUUCUACAUGCAUUCACAGCACAACAAUAUUGUUAAGGGUGUUUAUUUGACUCCAGUUUACUUUGUUUUCCCCUCUCAUUGAAGGUUAUUUAAGUUGCUAUACACUGGAUAGAGGGAAAUACAUUUGAGUUAAUGGUCCGAAAUUGCUUUCAAAGAAAAUUCUUGAAGUGUAAAGAAUCCUUGCAAACUUUCAACUCCUGAUUUGAAGCACCAGUAACAUACAGUAGAUGAUCCCGGUUACAGAUAAUAGAUUUGAUUGUGGCAUGUCUGAGAUUGCAAGCCACUGCUAGGAUGUGAAUUGGGAUUGUGUCACUUCCUCUUGCAUGACCAGUGUGCUGUUCUGGAAACAUUUCAUGCUCCGUGUAAGAGAAGGAUAUUUUAAAGUGGGUGACACAUGUAGCAACUCUCACAGUGGCGACUGUCACAUGAUUAGUAUCGUUUUGAGUUCUGAAGGAACAAGACAUGAUCUGAAGUGUACUUUUAAGCUCUGAAACCGAAGGGAGCAGGAGAGGGAGAGGAAAAAGGACAUGUAAAGGAUAAUUUCAAACAAAUCUGUAUGUUUCUUAUUGUAUUUUUAUUCAGCUACUGACAAAUUGAGAUGAACAAACAGGUGAUGUUUUCUAACUGCUGGAAGUUUAAUGUAUUUUUGGAUGUUUGUUUUCCGUUUGGGAGUCAUCUUAAUUUAUAUUAAAAUGUCUGACAAUUCCCACA